GAAAGAGACAGGGAAAAAGCGCGCAAUGAGGUGGGAGCAGUUGCUCCGGCGACAGCUCCGACGAUGGAUAAGUGGCUGAGUGUAGAAACCAUUCCAAUGAGAAGAAUUGUAUUGAUUUAUUCACUUCAGGUUAUAGCUUUUCCCAUUUGUAUCUUAAAAAAUGAGUUUCAUGAAAUGCAUAUAUAUAUAUAUAGAUAAAAAUGAUUGAUGAAGUUAGGGGGUGCACAUCGAUCUUAAUAAUCCAACGUGGCAUAAUGAGGUAGUUAGUAUUUAAAGAGAAGCCAUGUAGUUAUUGAUUGAUUCUGUUAUAGUUAGUAUUUUGCAUUUGCAGUGAAACUUGAAGUGUACGCUUAAGUAACAAUGUCUCUGCGUCCUAAUGAUGGUGCUUCUUCAACUUCUCAUAGGAAGAAAGUCUACAAGAAUACUGGAGUUGACUUCCAAGAAGGUCGCAGAAGGAGACAGGAUGGCGCCAUCCAGAUAAGGAAGAAUAGGCGUCAAGAAAAUCUUUCCAAGAAGCGAAAGGAGGAGGAGGUGGAGGAUGAUGCUUCUUCUCCCUGUCCCAUCAACCCAAACCCGGAUCUUGUACUAUUCAAGAUACAACGCAUUCCUACAUUGACACGACAAUUAUUUUCCAAUGAUCUUGCUGCACAACUGGAAGCAACUACUCAGAUUUGUACGCUACUAUCCAAGGGCCACAUUGCUCUAAUUGACGAGGUGAUCCGGGCAGGUGUUGUCCCUCAGCUUGUGAAGUUUUUGGCAAGGGUUGAUGCACCCCAACUGCAGUCCAAGGCAGCAAGUACUCUAUCCUACAUCAGCUCAGGGACGUCUGAGCAUACAAGAAUUGUGGUUGAACAUGAAGCUGUUCCCCUGCUUGUGCGCCUUCUGUACUGUGGUACUGAUGACACGAAAGAGGAGGCGAUAUGGGCAUUAGGUAAUAUUGCUGGUGAUUCCCCGAGCACAAGAGAUCAUGUUGUUGGCUAUGGUGCACUCUUCCCAAUAUUGGGUCUGUUGUGGAAUCCAUUGGUAGUAAAACGUUCUACCUUGAGGAUUGCUUCAUGGACUUUAGCAAACUUGUGCCGUGGAAAGCCUUCUUCAACAGUUCUGGAACAGAUGCGAUCUGCAAUACCUUUCCUUCGGAAUCUCUUGGUGCUGGUUGAUGAAGAAAUUGUAGUAAAUGCAUGUUGGACUCUCGCUUAUCUUACUCAUGAGGCCUCAAGUGAAAUGAUCCAAGCUGUCAUUGAUGCAAAUAUCUGCCCUCGACUGGUAGUGUUACUAAGUUCCCCGGUAUCAAAAGCUACUGUGCCUAUAAUGGUGACUCUAGGAAGUCUUGCUAUGGGUGAUGAGGCUAAUACUCAGGUUCUAAUUGACAGUGGAGCUCUCCCUUGUCUUAAACUACUUCUUUCGCAGAGUGAUAAAGAUGUCGUCAAACAUGCUUGUUGGGUAAUCUCAAAUAUCACAGCUGGGAAUAUAGCUCAAAUACAGGCUGUCAUUGAUGCUGAUCUUAUUAGUCCUUUGGUUCAUCUUUCAAAGGCUGAAUUUGACAUCAAGAAGGAAGUUGCAUGGGUUAUUGCCAAUGCUACAUAUGGAACUCCUGAACAGAUUCGGUUCUUGGCGAGUAAAGGGUGCAUUGAGGCACUCUGUGAUAUCUUGAUCUGUUCAGACACGACUAUGAUGGCAUUUAUUCUGCUUGGGCUGUAUACCAUUUUACUUGUCGAUGAGGGCAAUGUUUAUGCUGAAAAGGUUGAGGCAUGUGGAGGAUUGGAAAAGAUUUUAAGUUUGCAGGGCCAUGAGAACGAUGAUGUUUAUACUAUGGCUGUGGAUAUUUUAGAGACAUAUUGGCCUGAUGUGUUGUAACGGUAGAUGAUCAGAAUGUUCAUAAUAGUGAGGAUGGUAGUGAGCAAGGUUAAAUAAUACCUAACUACUUUUGUUAAUGAACCAGGUUUCCUCGGCAUAUACUUACAUUACAACGAGAG